AUGGCCGACCACAUGCCAGCAGACGACGUACUGACUGGAAUUCAGCUAAGGAAAAGAAGGAAACGGUCCAUAAUAACGCCUUGUGAAUUACAAAAGCUGAACCAACUUUACAAGCGUGACCAUUGGCCUUCAAGGGGUAGUAAAGCGCUGCUGGCAAAGGAAAUAGGCAAAAACACAGAAUUUGUCACAACGUGGUUCCAAAACAGGCGCGCCAAAGCUAGAAGGGAGAAAGAACUUGUUAUAGCGGCCCCAAAACCCUUUAACAAAGUAUCAUCUACAAAAAUCAAUCUGACAAUGGCAAGUGAAAAUAUUGGACCUUUGAAUGCAGAAGAAGAAAAAACAAGUCCAGUUGAAGAACAACCUGUUAAUAAGGAAACAUUAACUGAAACAAAGGACACGGACUUGGGCUAUUUCAGCGGAAACCUGAGGAAUGAAUUUGACACAGUACAACAAGCAAACAUCCCACCAUCUCUGUUCAGAGAUAUUGUUUUGAUGAUGGCUCUUGCUGAAGGUGGCAUUGUGAAACCAACUGAUGUAGACUUUGGAAGAGCAGUUAAUAAUCAUUUGUAUGGAGUCAGGCUUGGAAACGGGAGCAGACUUUUAUAUUCCAAAAGAGCUGGGUUUUUCUUUAAGGAAAGUCCAAACUUUUAG